AUGGAACCUCACGAGCAGCUCUUGGACUGGGCAACCCAGCAGGGCGUUCAGCUCAACGGCAUCGCUCCUCAGCGCAUCCCCGGCCGCGGCAUUGGCCUCCUAGCCACGCGGGCAAUCAAGCCAGAAGAGAUCGCGCUCGAAGUGCCAACACGGUGUCUCCGGAGCAUAUCCACCGUACCCAAGGCCAUAACCCGCAAGCUACCAAACACAAUCACAGUGCAUGGCCUGCUCGCAGCGGACCUAGCAUUGGACAAGACUGCAAAGUACGAUCUAUGGAACGCGGUCUGCCCGAGCCCGGAUGAUCUCACCUCCAUGCCCCUAGUCUGGCCCGCGGAACUGCAGGCGCUGCUCCCACAAGCAGCACGCGAGCUGCUGUCAAAGCAGCAGGCCAAGUUUGUCCGGGAUUGGUCCGCUGUCUCCGAAGCAUACCCGAACCUCGAGGAGACGGGCUACAGAUACGCCUGGAUGCUGGUCAAUACGCGGACGUUCUACUACCUGAACUCCAAGCUCGAGAAGCGCGGCAAGGACGACCAUAUGUGUCUGCAGCCCGUGGCCGACUUGUUUAAUCACGGGGACGAGGGUUGCAAUGUGUCAUUCGACACACAUGGCUUCGCUAUCAAGGCUCUGCAGCCGUACGCCCAGGGUGAUGAGGUCAAGAUCUGCUACGGUAGACACAGCGGAGAUUUCCUGCUGGUCGAGUAUGGCUUUGUGAUGGAUGAUAACCGCUGGGACGAGGUCGUGCUUGAUGAUGUCGUGCUCCCGAGACUGAGCUGGCGGCAGAAGCAGAGGCUCGAGGAGGUAGGUUUCCUGGGCAAGUACAUCCUUGAUCGGGAAACCGUCUGCUACAGGACGCAAGUCGCCCUGAGGCUUCUGUGUUGUGGGAUUAGGGAGUGGAAGAGGUUCGUGGAUGGGAUCGAUGAUGGUGAGGCAAGUCAGGGAGCUGUCAAUAAGCUGCUGGUGGAGAUGCUGAAGCAGCACAAAGCAAAGGCUGACGAAAUGGUCGAAGAGGUCGGCCAUCUAGAAAUCGGUGCGCCUGAGCAAAGAUCGGCACUGAUGAACAGAUGGAAGCAGGUUCGAAGCUUGGUAGGUGUGCAUAUAUCUAGCCUCGAAGAAGCAGAGGCCGAAUGA